GGCCUGCGCCUGCGCGUACCUGGGGCGUGGUCUAGCGGAUCAGGGCAGGAGAACUGGCAAAGCUGGCGCUGGAUUUCGAACUGGAGUAGCCGCACGGCCGCCACCGCAGGACCACUUUACACCCCGCGAGGCGCGGGUGGCCUGGGGACGAGCGGAGGAGGCGAGUACUGGAAACGCCUGUCCCGCCAGGACACCCUCUCUGGAUCAAGCUAUGGUGAAAGAUGUUCCGCAAAGGCAAGAAGAGACACAGCAGCAGCAGUUCCCAGAGCAGUGAGAUCAGCACAAAGAGCAAGUCUGUGGAUUCCAGCCUUGGGGGUCUUUCGAGAUCCAGCACUGUCGCCAGCCUGGACACAGACUCCACCAAAAGCUCAGGACAAAGUAACAGCAACUUAGACUCAUGUGCUGAGUUUCGAAUAAAGUACGUUGGUGCCAUCGAGAAACUGGACGUGUCUGAGGGGAAGAGCCUCGAGGGACCACUAGACCUGAUCAAUUAUAUAGAUGUUGCCCAGCAAGAUGGAAAGUUGCCUUUUGUUCCCCUGGAAGAGGAGUUUAUUCUGGGCGUUUCCAAGUACGGCAUAAAAGUCUCGACCACAGAUCAGCACGGCGUUCUGCAUAGGCAUGCCCUGUAUUUAAUCAUCCGGAUGGUGUGUUAUGAUGAUGGCCUGGGAGCUGGGAAGAGCUUGCUGGCACUCAAGACCACAGAUGCAAGCAACGAAGAAUACAGCCUGUGGGUUUACCAGUGCAACAGCCUGGAGCAAGCCCAAGCCAUCUGCAAGGUCUUAUCCACAGCCUUCGACUCUGUGUUGACCUCUGACAAGUCCUGAACUCUGCAGUCAAUGGAAACUGAGCCAUCACGGGAGAGCUCAUCUGUCCCUGCAUCCGUCUGCAGCUACGGCCUAUUAGAGGGUGGGAUGCCCUGGUCCAGUUUUCUAAAAUGUAAUGUAUAAAAUAUCGGUCUUAUACUAAUAGGUGUUAUUAACAGUAGGUUAACUUUCAAUAAUUACCUACUUUAUUGGCUAAAAAGAAACCUUGGAGGCUGGACAGGUAGCUUGGUACUUAAGAGCACUUGCAGAGGACUUGGGUUCAGUUUCCAACACCAACAUGGUGGCUCAAAACUGCCUGUAACUCCAGUUCCAGGAGAUCUGACGUCCUCUUCUGGCUUCCUCAGGUACCAGGCAAACAUGUGGUAUACAUACAUACACGCAGCCACUCACACAUACACAUAAAAA